AUACAGAAAAUUUCAAGUUUGAGUUGUCGAAAAGGAAUGAUGAAGGCGGUAUCGAUUGAAUCUGGAGAAGCAUCAAAGGCUGUUACAGGGCAUGGAGUGAACAGAGGACUCUCUGUAUUUGAUCUUGUUCUGCGUAUUGUUGCGAUUGUUGGAACAUUAGCAGGUGCUGUGGCAAUGGGAACUGCUGAGCAAACUCUUCCUUUUGUCACACAGCUUGUACAGUUUUCAGCUCAAUAUGAUGAUUUUGACUCAUUUAAGUUGUUCGUGAUUGUGAACGCAAUAGUCUGUGCAUAUCUUGCUCUUUCUCUCCCAUUUUCCAUCUUUCACAUUAUGAGGAGUAGAGCAGGAAAGAGUCGGAUCUUGCUCAUCUUUCUUGACGCGAUAAUGCUGGUUCUUCUCGCAUCUGGAGCUUCUGCAGCAGCUGCUAUUGUGUAUUUAGCACAUAAUGGAAACUCUUCUACAAACUGGUUUUCGAUUUGUCAACAGUAUACUGAUUUCUGCCAACGAUCUGCUGGAUCCCUCAUCAGCUCCUUUGGCGCGAUGUUGUGUCUUGUUCUCCUUAUCAUUUUCUCAGCUGUCGCGAUAUCCAGGCGAUAAAUGAUGCUUGAUUAC